GGAAGGGGGCAGGAGAAAAAAGCUUUUCCAAAAAAGUAUUGGCUGUCUUGAGGAAUGCGGUUGCCCCCUUGGGAAAGUACAUAUCUGGGAGCAGCAGGCGGUUCAGCGCUCGCACUCCCGCCCAGCCGCCGCACCGCACGUUCCCCUAGCAGUUCCCACCGCAGCCCCAGGGCCCCGUCGCCACCGCCACCAUGGACGCCAUCAAGAAGAAGAUGCAGAUGCUGAAGCUCGACAAGGAAAAUGCCUUGGAUCGAGCGGAACAGGCGGAAGCCGACAAGAAGGCGGCGGAGGACAGGAGCAAGCAGCUGGAAGAUGAGCUGGUGUCGCUGCAAAAGAAACUCAAGGGCACUGAAGAUGAACUGGACAAAUACUCCGAGGCUCUCAAAGAUGCCCAGGAGAAGUUGGAGCUGGCGGAAAAAAAGGCCACUGAUGCUGAAGCUGACGUAGCUUCUCUGAACAGACGCAUCCAGCUGGUUGAGGAAGAGCUGGAUCGUGCCCAGGAGCGUCUGGCCACAGCUUUGCAGAAGCUGGAGGAGGCCGAGAAGGCGGCAGAUGAAAGUGAGAGAGGCAUGAAAGUCAUUGAAAGUCGAGCCCAAAAGGAUGAGGAAAAAAUGGAAAUCCAGGAGAUCCAACUGAAAGAAGCCAAGCACAUUGCAGAAGAUGCUGACCGAAAGUAUGAAGAGGUGGCCCGUAAGCUGGUCAUCAUUGAGAGUGACCUGGAGCGUGCAGAGGAGAGGGCUGAGCUCUCAGAAGGCAAAUGUGCCGAGCUUGAAGAAGAAUUGAAAACUGUGACGAACAACUUGAAGUCACUGGAGGCUCAGGCUGAGAAGUACUCACAGAAGGAAGACAAAUAUGAGGAAGAGAUCAAGGCCCUUUCUGACAAACUGAAGGAGGCUGAGACUCGUGCUGAGUUUGCCGAGAGGUCAGUAACUAAAUUGGAGAAAAGCAUUGAUGACUUAGAAGAUCAACUCUACCAGCAACUUGAGCAAAACCGCCGCCUAACUAACCAACUAAAGCUGGCUCUGAAUGAGGAUUAAACUUAAGAGGGGAAGAACUUGAGCAGAAUUAUAGGAAUGGAACUUGUGGGUAGGAAAUUUAAGACUAUCCAUAUCUUCAGUGAAUAGGGUUGAAAACCAUUGCUUUCUGCAGAAAUGUAAAUGAAGGAGUCAGCUGAAAGGCCAGCCUGCCUGCAUUUCCUUCUUAUAUCUGGAAUAAUCAAGUUGUCUUUAAUCCCAAAACAGCUUUUAUGGUAAAAUUACAUAUGUUGGUGGAUAAAUAUUUAUAAUAAUCAAUUCAGCACUCCUGUUUGCAAUUGCAGGUCCUCUUGUUUGAUGCAUAAUGAGGACCAAAAACUGUUUUCUAUUUCCUACAGAGAUCUGAGUCGUGCUUUAAGUUAGAAAGCCAAAGCAGAGGGGUGUGUAUGUGUAUAACUAUAUAUAUAUAUAUUAUAUAUAUAGGGUGUGUUAUAUAUAAUAUAUAUAUUCCUGUUACAUAUUCAUAUUCCUGACUUAAUAUCUGAUACAAUGUUUGAAAAUGUGAAUAAAUGUACCUAUGCUUAGGUAAAAUAGCUUUGAAAACAGGAACUCAUGUAAGACGUCCCUGAGUAUCUGAAAGGUAUGCUUUUGAUCAGUCUAAUGGUGUUGGAAUCUGGUGAGAAUGUCAUGCUUAUAAUAAAUAGAACACUAAGAAUAGCAAGAGAAUGUCCUACUGAAGUGUGCAUGAAACAUGUUUAUUUUUUUUUCACAUGCAACAGAAAAAAUUUAAGCUGUUGGCAGAAACCCUAUUUACAUCAUCUUUGUUUUCUGUGAGAUUGUGUUUAGUUACAGCAAAACUUCCAGACCUUUUAACUGCCUGUGACUCGGAAAUGUCUGCUCUUAUUAACAGUGCUGUGCGCACCUCCCCUUGUUCCACAGCACAGAACCAGAGAACCUUCCCCAAACUUCACCUGGCAUUCUGUUCUCAGAGUGGAUUUUUGGGAAAGGUUCCCCCAACUGCUCUGUGAAAACCUGCUGUGCCUGUAGUUCCUUCAGGUCAAAGACAUCCACCUCCUUCAUAGGUCCUUGUCUGGAAAUGAGUAAUGUCUUUAAGCAUGCCUAGUUCUAAUCAUCUCAUCUUGUGUUUGUGAUUGAUGUUUGCCUGCCUAAAUGUACAAACCACCCUUGUGUCCAAAGCGCAGCUAUUUAUGACUUAAUUUUCUAAUCCCACCACAGAGAAAGUGGCUCAUGCCAAAGAAGAAAACCUUAGUAUGCAUCAGAUGCUGGAUCAGACUUUACUGGAGUUAAACAACAUGUGAAAAUCUCCUUAGCUGCGACCACAUUCUUUCAUGUUGUUAUUGUUAACUUUUGUUUUGUUUUUAAACACUUACCAUGAAACCCCUUAAACGCAUUUUUAUUUACUUUUACCACUGUCACAGAAACAUCCACAAAAUAUCAGCUAGAUCGGGGGUGGGCAAAACACAACACACAGAAAGGCGGUGAUGACUUCGAUGUGCCAUUUCCCAGGCUGGCGUGACCACCCUUCCUAGAGAUGGUAGUGACACAGCAUGCUCAGUCAGUCUGGGGCUCCUCACAAAGCAGAAGGGCUCCCACUCAGUGCCAAUGUCAUAGUCAACAGGAAGGUUAAUGUUGGAAACACAGUCAAGUGUGGACUGGUGCUAUUUUCCACAAAAGGUCCCACUGUGGUCUUUCAUUCAGUUUUGUACAAUUUAGAUUCUGUCCAACACUAAUUUAUUUUGUCUUGAGUAUGAGGUGAGACUGUGGAUCCUGUAUGCCUGAAUUCACUAAAGCCAAGGGUUUGUAAGCCACGCUGCUCUUUGACUCGUUUCUCCUGACUGACACACUUUGGAGCUCAUUACAAUUUGUAGCAUAGCAUUCGAUGUGGAUUUUCACUUUUCAUUUCGCCAUGUUAAAGUGAAAGAUUUAGGCACUACAUAAAAAAUGGUAAAGAGAAAACAUUUUCUUAAGAGUUAUAUGUAAACAUUGUAUGAUGAUAUGGAAUAAAACGCACAUUGUAGGACAUUU